UCAUCUACACUGCAGCUUUCUCUGCAUUUACAGAUCUAUACAGAAAACUUAGAGAUUCAUGCUCACCUUUCUACCCUCACCCAAUUGCACUGAGUACAUGGCUCACACAAGGCACCACCCACCACUACUGUAUUUUAUGGAGCUCAGCAAUUCCUCCUACAUAAAACCCUUUCCCACUUAUCUACUUCCUAACUUCCUGGACCCCACCAAGGGUCUGGCUUGCUCUUUGUUUCCCUAAUUCAACUCCUCCACUUUGUUAUGCAAGGCAAUUUAAUUCUCCUUCCAUUUACUCUGCCCCAGGCUUACCUUUGCAUAGCCAAAGACUCAUUAAUGUCUGCAUAAAACAAAAUACAAUUUAUGCAAGAUGCAAGUUAGAAUUACUAGUAUAGAUUUUGUCCUCUUCUCUCUCUCUCUCUCUCUCUCUCUCUCUCUCUCUCUCUCUCUCUCUCUCUCCCUCUCCCUCUCUCUCCCUCUCCCUCUCCCUCUCUUCCUUCUCUACUCCAGUUGUAUGGACUGUGUUCUUCAGGAAUGAUGAAAUGUUAUACUCUGGAUGUCAAAUCAUUUACUUCUUUUCUGUUACAUGAAUAUUUCCUUGACAUGUAUUUCUUUUAAAUAUGCCUUUAAUACUGUGGUUCUCAAACAUCAGAAAAUUUUUACAUUCCUACAAAAUUAUGUAGGUCCUUAAACAAUUGUUGCUUGCUUGGAUUUUAUCUAUUGAUAGUUACUAUAUUAGAAAUAAAAUGAGAAGCUUAGAAAUAUUUAUCUGCCUAAAGUAAUCAGAGUACAUCUAUUAAAUAUUAACAUAAACAUCUUCAUAGGGAAAAUAGUUUUCAAAACAAUAAAAGACUCGGUAAGAAGAACUGGCACUUGCAUCUUUGCAAUUCUCUUUUAAGUCUGGCUUAAUGGAAGACAGCUGCUCUGCAAUUAGCUUAUUGUAAGAUCAGUGUCUCUUGGAAAACUCAACCAUACAGCUGAUUAGAACAUGCAAGUGUAAAGGCAAAUGUGAUCCUAGGAUUAUUAUGAAACUAGCUUUUCAUCUUGAUGACUGUUAAAAGCCUAAUUUUAGCACACAUCUUAGUGUGCUUCCUUUUAUAAGGAAAACAAAACCCAGAGAAAUUGAUAUUGAACUAAAACUAAACCAUGGGGGUCACACUCCUGGACAAGAAACUACAGGCAACUAUGGCUGCUGAGAGAGGGAAGUUAGCCUAUCCCAUGGAAGAACCCUCUAAUUGGUUGUCCAAUACAACGUGAUUAUCCCUGAAGCCAUAGACACAUACACAAUAACAACAGUUUCAGCAGAUUGUGCUGGCAUAUCCAUGGAUACUUACACAUAUAUGCAACAAUAAUAAUUAAAGAAGAAGAAGCUAUCAACUUGAGAUUGAGUUGGGAGACAUGGAAGAAAUUGGAGGGAGAGGACUUGAGGAGGCUGGAGGGAGAAAAGGGAAGGAGAGAAAGUGGCAUAAUUGUAUUUUUAAUGAAAGGUGCACACAAAAAUAAAAUGAACCAUGAACCAAGUGCUCAGAAAAAUUUUACUAGCUGACUUUAGUCAAAUUACGUAACUCUGUUCUCCAUUUCAUUCUUUCUCUUUGAUAACUAUGAUUCAAGAGAGCGCUUUUCAAAAGUGCUUAUUGAGGAGGAACCUAACAUGAUAUCAUGAAGUUCAGAAUGCUUCACUUUCGUCUGGCUCUGAUAAGUUCCUGCUCUCCACAUCCCCGCUCAGGGAUCUCUGCUCUAAGCCUCUUCUACAUUAUAAGUAAGAAGACUGAGGGCAUGGUGGCGCGUGCCUUUAAUCCCAGCACUUGGGAGGCAGGGGAAGGCGGAUUUCUGAGUUUGAGGCCAGCCUGGUAUACUGAGUGAGCUCCAGGACAGUCAAGGCUACACAGAGAAACCCUGUCUCGAAAAACAAAACAAAACAAAACAAAACAAAACAAAACGACUGAGGACAACCAUAUUAUCAACAACGGCAACAUCUACUAGCUGUAUACUAAGAGUUAAACAGCACGAGGACGUUUUAUACACACAUUCUGUUUAAUUCUCUGUGCAUUCCAAGAAAGGCGCUGGCUUCACUUUACCGAACUGGCUGAAGGUUGAAGAAAAAAGGUCUCUGGCCCCUACCUCUGUACACGUACCCUUUCCUAGCUCCUGCAACUCAGAUGGUCAUAGUUCAUUGUUACUCAAGGCGAUCCCUUGAUGACAAAAGUCAAAAGUGUGAUACUCCCCACCUGUCAACCAAACCGCCCGCCCGUCUCCUAAAGAAUCAUAAGGGGAGCGAUCUUUCUAGCUUCCCGAUGCUUUCGUUCCUGAAGUCCAGACUGGGAAAUCUCCGAGCGUCUGAUCCCGCUGAGUUUUGCAGAGAGGAGAAAGGGGUGCCGAUGCACUGCGGGUAGCUGUCUGGAACGGAGAAUUCCGGCUCUGGGUUAAAGCCGGAACCUUUCUCCACUCUCCGCGUUACACGGGCGGAGUGCGGAACCUUUCUUCUAUGCUCACAGUUCCCAGGCGGAGGAGUGCGAAAUCGGAACGUCCCUCAGCAACCGAGUUCUUGCCGGGGUCGCUAGCUGCUGACGUGUGCCUGGCCGGCUUCAGGCCCUGGGUUGCGGGUCGCUAUGGCGGUGGACAUCACACUGCUCUUCCGGGCUAGCGUCAAGACAGUGAAGACGCGGAAUAAGGCUCUGGGAGUGGCCGUGGGUGGCGGGGCCGAUGGCAGCCGGGACGAGCUGUUCCGCAGAAGCCCUCGGCCCAAGGGAGACUUCUCCAGCCGGGCCCGUGAAGUGCCACACCAUGUCUGACUAUGGGAGGAUGACAGACACAGAGCGAGACCAGAUAGACCAGGAUGCUCAGAUAUUCAUAAGGACCUGUUCAGAAGCAAUCCAUCAACUCAGAACAGAAGCCCACAAGGAGAUACAUUCCCAGCAAGUGAAGGAACACAGGACUGCCGUUUUGGAUUUCGUUGACGAUUACUUAAAAAGAGUGUGUAAGCUUUACUCUGAACAAAGAGCCAUCCGAGUGAAGCGCGUGGUGGACAAGAAAAGACUAUCUAAGCUGGAACCUGAGCCACAUACCAAGAGGAAAGACUCCACAUCUGAGAAAGCCCCUCAGAACGCUUCCCAGGACUCUGAAGGAAAGCCUGCUGCUGAGGAGCUGCCAGAAAAGCCUUUGGCUGAAUCACAGCCCGAACUGGGAACCUGGGGCGAUGGCAAGGGUGAAGAUGAGCUGUCUCCAGAAGAGAUACAGAUGUUUGAACAAGAAAAUCAGCGACUCAUUGGUGAAAUGAACAGCUUGUUUGACGAAGUGAGGCAAAUCGAAGGGAAAGUCGUUGAAAUUUCCAGACUCCAAGAGAUAUUCACCGAAAAGGUUUUGCAACAGGAAACUGAGAUCGACAGCAUUCACCAGUUAGUCGUGGGGGCAACUGAAAAUAUUAAGGAAGGCAACGAAGACAUCCGAGAGCUAGCCCACCAGGGCUGAGCCUGCGCCUGCGCCUGUGCCUUGGACGCACCACGUGCCAGCAUGUGUCUCAUCGGCUGUGGAGCUGUGUAAGGUCCAAGGGCUGGGAAAACACCGCCCCCAAGCCAACCUUUGGAACCUCUCAGGACCUGGAAAUACAUGGAUUGCAAGUGCCCUUCAGGGUGGAAAAUAAAAGGCCAUCAGGAGCAGCACCUUCAGGACAGGCCACAAGCAUGGUGGGGACUGAGCAGAGCAAGGAAAUGGCAGGCCUCCUAUCUCCAUUACAGGCUUGGGGCCCAUCUCCUGCCCUUCCCACGCCCGUAGCUUCAGGGGAGAACAUGCCUAAUGUUGCUAAAGUCAUCAGUUCUUAUUUCCUUGUGGCAUCUAAUGUGUGCUGAUACAUGGCCAUUUUGUCAUAGACAAUAAUUCACAUCUGCCUUGUCGAGCUAAUAAAUGCAAUUACAGCCA